AUGACGUUCAACAUCACGAUUGAUCCGAACUCGGACGACUCCUCUUACUCCGACGAGGAGGACUCCUCUGGAGUGCAAGUCUCGCCGCCUUCUGGAUCGGAAGGCCAUGGGCAUUAUGAGCUAUAUGAUGAAUGGACAAAUCUACCUUAUCCUGAUGAACUGAAGCCGUCUGACUCAGCCUCUCGAAACCGAAUAUCGUAUCGCGCCCGGACUCGCAACCCCGUCCAUCCCCCAUCCACGUCUACAAGCCGCCGUCGCUCAAGCCGCCAUCACUCGGGGAGGCGUCAAAUCGAGUCCUCUCGCCGCUCUCGCCGCAAUCCCUCACCCGAAUCACCCGAGAGUAUGGAUUCAGCAGACGAGUUUGGGGACGUCUAUCGUCAUAGGUCUCAAGAGCGGUAUUGGCCGUCAGUCGCCCACAAUCCGGGCUACGCCCACAGCCCUUCACCAGGACCCUCAUAUGUUUAUCCGCAUGACCAAUUGGUCAGAGUAGGUCCUCACAGUCAGGUCGGCCCGCCGAACCCUUACGGCCACCCACUUUACGGGUACAAUCAACAAUUGCAACAACAACAACAACAACCCCACCCUCAGUACUACCAAGAUCAUCUUGGACAUCCGGUUCCUGGGGGUGCCCAUAGGCCUGACGGACACAACCACCCGCCACAGCAUCAUCCCUUUCCCGCCCCCGGGCCUUCUCAUACUGCCUUGCCAUUUGGUGGGCCCCAAAUGAACCCGCACGAACUUGUCCCUUACGGCUCGCAGCCAUACUAUCCGUUUCGGGAGCCGUACGGAAUGGUUUCAGCGGGGAUGAUGUCGCCUUAUUUCGCCCCUUAUCCACGCCCACCGUCUCCUCCAAGCCAAGUUGAAUCAGCUGGAGCACCGGCCUCACCAGAUCCUGCUCCGGCACCUGCACCCGCGCCCGCGCCCGCGCCCCCACCUGCAGAUCCUGCCAAGGAUGAAGCAAUUGCAAGACUUGAAAAGCUGAUCUUGGAGGAAAGAACCGAACGUGAGGCUCGUGAGGCUCGCGAAGCUGCGCGUGAAGCUGCGCUACAAGCAGAGGCUGCUGCUGCUGCCGCCAAAAAAGAGCGCGCUGCCCAUGAGAAGAAAAUCGUCGAGGAAGCAGCCGCCAAAGCCAAGGAGGAGGCGGAGAAAAAGGCUGCUGAUGAAGCUGCCGCAGCGAAGAAGGAGGCGGAAGAAGCCGCGGCGAAAGCUGCCGAAGAGGCAGCAAAGGCUGCUGAAGCCGCCGCAGCGGAAGCUACCGAGAAAGCCAAGGCAGAUGUCGAGGAAAAGAUCGCAGCAGCUGUAGCGGCCACCAAGCCUCCAGACAAAAAGAAGCCUAUCAAAUUCAAGGACGCUCUUGGUAGAAAGUUCAGUUUUCCUUUUGAUUUAUGCUGUACCUGGAAGGGAAUGGAGGAGCUUAUCAAGCAAGCCUUUCUUCAUAUCGAGGUCAUCGGACCGCAUGUUGCCGAAGGACACUAUGACCUAAUUGGCCCUAAUGGGGAUAUCAUACUUCCUCAAGUCUGGGAGACUGUCCUUGAGCCCGAUUGGAACAUUACGAUGCACAUGUGGCCGAUUCCAGAAAAACCAAAGGAUGAAGCUGCUCCGGCUGCGGCUCCCGAAGCACCUGCUGGCGACGCGGGAGCGCCUCCUGCCGAGCCGCCAAAGAAGCAAAACCCUAAAAAACCGCGGAAGAAGGGUGAUCCUAGCCCGUUUGCCAUGUGGGUUGUGGGAGGCCCAAACAGAUUCGGAAACAAGGCUUUAAAAGCGGGAAAAAAGCCUAAAGCAGCCCAGCAUGCCGCACUGGCCCGUGUUGUUUAA